CCGCCAUGCUCUUCCUGACGCUGAAACGACGAGGACGUAGCCAUCCAUGGACGAAAGGAUGGGCAAUCGCCGCAGCGAUGUUCGCCUUGCUAUCAUUGCUAACUCAAGUCUCAAAGGCAGAAAGCGCUGCGAACGCUUCUAGCAAUGCGACUUCAGAAGCGACUCUGUUGAGGACAAUGAGGACUACUACUUCGGAGCAGGACGACGCGUCCGAUUUCUUGAAAGAACUUAAAGAAAUGAUGGCGCGUAGCUUUGCCGACAUGCCGACGUCCCUGAGGAGGAAGAUGCUGGAAGCCGAAGUGCGGCCAGAGUGUAGUAUUGCUCUUAUGAGAACAAUACGGGCAUUCCUCAACUUCGAGCCGUGGGCAUUGAAACUGUUUGACGCAUCAGGAAAGUACCCGACGGGCCUGUUCCAAGGAUCUCACGCUGACCUAGGCGCUUUUGACGAGUGCCUAGAGACGGUGCUUCACGACAGUUACGGGAACGUGAUGGCACGUGGUCAAUACUGCAAGCUGCUUGUCUACUCCAAGAAUGGGACUGCUACUGAGUCUGCGAUUCUAUCUGUGCAGGACGUCCUCCAUCCGAGGGUGGCUACCGACAUCGGUGGCAUACCACAUCGGCUGUGCUGUGGAAGAACGGCCGUUCCUAUGUUUUUCUUCAUCGCGUGCUUGUACAUCCUGCCACGUUUUGUUUCCGGACCGGACACGAAAGCUUUCUUUCUGGAGCUGUACAGUGGCAUGGGUCGCUACUGGUGGUACCUGCUGCUUAUGAUCAGAAACUACGCUGGCACGAACGCCCUGGAUGUGCUGCCUCACAUAUGGUAUUUAUCAACCGACUUCCAGCUCUUCGCGAUAUCUUUGCUGACCUUGCUCCUGUUUAAAAGUGUAAUGGACGUAACCAUGAACGAAUACUACGUCCGGCCGUACUAUCACGCCAUCUGCUACUUCAGCGGGUGCAUCACAUGCCUCCUCAUCGACGACUUCAGAAACCGAAAAAUCUCCAAGGCAUCGCAGAUUGCCGGCUGGUGCAUAUCAUUCAGCUGCGGCCUCUGCUGCGUGUUCAUGAAACUGUCCUGGUACAGAAGUCAGACGCCGCCCACAGAAGCCGCCAAACUGCUCGCCGCCUUCUUCGAUCGCAUUCUUUGGUCGGUGUUCCUCAUAUGGGUCACCUUAGCCUGCUCCACAGGCCGUGGCGGAUUCGUAAACAAGCUGCUGUCUUGGAAUGUGUUUGUGGCGCCGAGCAAACUUUCCUUCGGCGUCUACCUCAUCCACAUGCCGUUCAUCAGGCUCUCGCUGCAGGCAUCCAGAGAGCGCCUGUUCUGGUCAACAUUCAACGUGGCCUCAAUGUACUUUUCGGUGCUCGCCUGGAGCUACGUCCUGGCAUACUUCACUUAUCUUGUGUGCGAGGCUCCAACAACCGUUCUGGACAAACUAGCCUUCGCCAGGAUCACGCAGAGUAGACAGAGUGUGCACAAACAGAAUAGUAAGCCCCAGCUGAAUGGAAUCGACGUGAAACAACGUGAAAAGGCCGCAGACGGUGUAUUUUCUCGCCUAUAGGGGAUCACGCGAAAUAUGCUGUCAAAGAGAAAGACUCA